CAUUCUUUUGCAGAGAACUGCACUUGCAGACAUAAAUUCAUUUUCAGACGAUUAUGUUUUUGUUUGGGUUUCGUUAUCAAUCUACAGAGACCUCAGCAUGAUGAAUGACCCUGUCAGAAUGACGCCAGUCCAAACAUUUUACCACCGCUCUGGAGUGAAAUGGUGUAAAAUGCCCUGCGUGUAGACAUGGAGAGCCUAUCCAAACAGCUGCAACUUUCUCCAGCGUCUCGGGGAGUCUGGGGAGCGAGGCGGCUGGACAGCGAGGCGCACAAACAGCACGGUGCGCUUCGUUAUCAUUACGCACUCGAAUCGGAUCGAAGCCAAACAAGAGGAAAUUUCAGGCUUUGCCUUGUGUAUUAAUGAGCAUAACAAUCUCUUCAUCAGCCCACCCAACUUCUCAAAAUAACUUUGCUAACAAACUAUCUCUCUCUGUCUCUCUGUUCAUUCAGGCCCCAGUGACAGAAAAGCUAAAUCCCAGACUGAAAGCAUUAAUUUACUGAUCACAGCUGCUGCUUUUUGGAGCAGUAAACUAUCAGGGUCCGGUUGCGGGUGUAUAGGGCCUAAUGAAGCGAAUACUUUUACUAAGACGUGUUGCGUUCAUUUCUCGUGCCAGCUCGACCCCCCUUCUGUCCCUCUGCCCCGAGCUCGCGUCCAGCCCACGUGCUCCGCCACAGCAGAAGGAGGGCAGAGAGAGGGAGAGAGAGAGAGGGAGAGAGAGAGAGAGAGGAAGAGAUGACGGCUUCUCUUUUCUCCAUCCACAGACUUCACCAAGUGUCUCGGCGCUCAGGAGCGUUAUGGUGUAAGCGUCCGGGACUCGCAGUUGACAGCGGUCGGCUCUGACAAACUCGCUUGUGCUAAGAAGUUGCAGUUGGAAAUGCUGAAGCCGGGGGAUCAGAGCGGUUCUGCUUUCCUUAAAGUGGAUCCGACUUACCUUCAGCACUGGCAGCAGCUUUUCCCGCAGAGUCAGCUGAAGAACUGCGCAAUUCCGCAAAUCCCGGCGCCCGAUCGAGCGCCUGUAGCAGCGGAGAGCCUGCGCCAGAGAAGCGGGUUAAUCUCCUCCACCAGCGCCUCGGCCGCUUUAACGCCGUCCUCGAGCUCGUCUUGCGCUCCUGCCGUGUCCGCGCUCGCGGGCUUAACGCAGCUCUCCGCGCCGCAGCUCGCGCUGUUCGGACACUCUCUCUGUACAGAGGUCGCAGCGGCGGAAAACAGCGGCGCGUCUCAGCCCAAGGAACUUUGCCUGCAGUCCAACUUUAACGACAAAGCGUCCCGGUUGAAGCUGACCUCAGAGGAACUGGACUACUAUCUAUACGGACAGCAGAGGAUGGAGAUUAUCCCACUGAACAAUCACACCAGUGAUCUCAAUAACCGCUGUGACAUGUGUGCAGAUAACCGGAACGGCGAGUGCCCCAUGCACGGGCCCCUGCACUCGCUGCGGCGCCUGGUAGGGACAAGCAGUGCAGCCACUGCUGCGCCCCCUCCAGAGGUUCCCGAGUGGCUGCGUGACCUGCCCCGCGAAGUCUGCCUCUGCACCAGCACAGUGCCAGGCCUGGGCUAUGGUAUCUGUGCUUCCCAGCGCAUACCACAGGGCACUUGGAUUGGACCUUUUCAGGGUAUUCCUCUGCUGCUGGAUAAGGUGCAGUCAGGAGCGGUGCGCAACACAAGACACUUAUGGGAGAUCUAUGACCAGGAGGGCACGUUACAGCACUUUAUUGAUGGCAAUGAUCCAAGCAAGUCAAGCUGGAUGAGGUACAUCCGCUGUGCCAGACACUGUGGGGAACAGAACAUGACAGUGGUUCAGUACAGAUCAUGUAUUUUCUACCGGGCUUGUAUGGAUAUUCCACGAGGAACAGAGCUUCUGGUCUGGUACAAUGACAGUUACACCUCCUUCUUUGGCAUCCCCCUGCAGUGCAUCGCACAGGAUGAAAACUUGAAUGUGCCAUCUACUGUAAUCGAGGCCAUGUCCCGACAAGAAAGCCUGCAGCCUUUCAGCAAAACAUCCAAAUCCUCUACAACUGUCAUGCUGCAGCGCUCCAUGGUUUUCCCUCACUCACCCUGCUCACGGAGCUUCUCUCUGCUGGACAAGGUGGGCAACAUGGAGUCUGGCUUUAGCCAGCUGAACACCAAGAACCAGCGGGUUCUAGCCAGUCCCACAUCCACCAGCCAGCUUAACAGUGAGUUCAGCGACUGGCACCUCUGGAAGUGUGGCCAGUGCUUCAAGACCUUCACACAACGCAUUCUUCUGCAAAUGCAUGUGUGCACACAGAAUCCAGACAGACCAUAUCAGUGUGGACACUGUUCACAGUCCUUUGCCCAGCCCUCAGAGCUGCGCAACCACGUGGUAACACAUUCCAGUGACCGGCCCUUCAAGUGUGGCUAUUGCGGCCGUGCUUUCGCCGGAGCCACGACGCUCAACAACCACAUCCGCACCCACACCGGGGAGAAGCCAUUCAAGUGUGAGCGGUGCGAGAGGAGCUUCACGCAGGCCACACAGCUUAGCAGACACCAGCGGAUGCCCAACGAGUGCAAACCCAUCAGCGAGAGCAGCGAAUCAAUUGAGGUGGAUUAGUUGAUUGACCAUGCCGGAAUUAAACGGCGAGGGAAAGUCAUGAUUAAAUGUCACGGACACUUAAGCAAAACCAAAGAUUUCCACUGAGAAACUCUCAAUCAGCCCCAGAAAACCAAAAGCAGUAAUAAAAUAAGUAAGAUGUUAAGAGAUAUUGAUCCCGACACAGAUAAGGGACUGGUUGUGGCUGGGGUGGGAGGUUGGGGGGAGGACAAGAUUAUUUAUUCAUGACUGGGAAAGUCACAGUUCUCUUAAAAAGCUGGAACAUAAGUGUGAAAUGCCAAAAACAUGGCUUAUCGCUUUAUUUCUUAGUCAUGAACAUUGUACUAUAAAACCAAAGGGAGAAGACUAAAAGGGGUGCAGGGACAUACCCCUCAAACUGACAAUGCACAGUAUCUGUAUAAUUGCACCAUUUAAUAAGCAGGAUUUUUUGAGAGAAACAUUUGUAUUCACCAAAAAAAUAGCUUCUGUAUAAAAUGUACAUUUUGAAUUAUAUUUCUCUCAUAUCAUGCUUUUUGGCACUUUUGACUGGUAUUAUUUAAUAUUUCAUUUGGAUACUGAUUCUAAAUGUAAUGAUGGAGACUAUUUAAAUAUGAGCGGGACGAAAGGAAAAACGUCCUUGUGAAAUAAAUAAAAAAACCUUGUUACCAAAUAUGAAAUGAAGAAGAGUUUUAAAGCAAUAUAUAGAAUUGUAUCUGUUGUGUCAUUCAAUACUUUUAUUGCCACACUCAUUUUAUAUGGUGAGUGGGGCUACUGAAUGUUGCAUUUUGUUACAAAAAAAAUAUUUAAAAUCAUUUCACCAUUACUAAAGGCAAACAUUACAGUUUUGUUUGUCAGGUUUUAUGGGAAGGUAAUAGUAAUUAUAUAUAUACAUACACACAUAUAUAUAUAUACACACAUACACACACACACCCUGAUCAGCUAUAACAUUAAAACCAUUGACAGGUGAAGUGAAUAACAUUAAUUAUCUCGUUACAAUGGCACCUUUCAAGGAGGGGAAUAUUUCAGGCAGCAAGUGAACAGUCAGUUCUUUUGAUGUGUUGAUGUGUUAGAAGCAGGAAAAAUGGGCAAGCAUAAAGAUCUGAGCGACUUUGACAAGGGCCAAAUUGUGAUGGCUAGACGACUGGGUCAGAGCAUCUCCAAUAUGGCAGGUCUUGUGGGGGGGGGUCCCAGUAUGCAGUGAUUAGUACCUCCCGAAAGUGGUCCAAAGAAGGAUCAUGGGUGCCCAAGGCUCACUGAUGCGCGUGGGGAGUGAAGGCUAGCCCGUCUGGUCCAGUCCCACAGAAGAGAUGCUGUAGCACAAAUUGCUGAAAAAGUUAAUGCUGGCUAUAAUAGGUAUGUGUCAGAACACCCAAUGCAUCCCAGCUUGCUGCGGAUGGGGCUGUGUAGCUGCAGAUCAGUCAGAGUGUCCAUGCUGACCCCUGUCCACUGCCGAAAGUGCCUACAAUAGGCAUGUGAGCAUCAGAACUGGACCAUGGAGCAAUGGAAGAAGGUGGCCUGGUUUGAUGAAUCACAUUUUCUUUUACAUAAUGUGAACGGCCGGGUGCGUGUGCAUCACUUACCUAGGGAAGAGAUGACACCAGGAUGCACUAUGGGAAGAAGGCAAGCCGGUGGAGGCAGUGUGAUGCUCUGGGCAAUGUUCUGCUGGGAAACUUUGGGUCCUGGCAUUCAUGUGGACGUUACUCUGACACGCACCACCUACCUAAAUAUUGUUGCAGACCAAGUACACCCCUUCAUGACAACGGUAUUCUGUAAUGGCAGUGGCAUCUUUCAGCAGGAUAAUGCGCCUUGCCACACAAAAUUGUUCAGGAAUAGUUUGAGAAAAAUGACAAAGAGUUCAGGGUGUUGACUUGGCCUCCAAAUUCCCCAUAUAUCUAGUCUGAUAGUCUGAUCAAGCGUCUGUGGGAUGUGCUGGACAAACAAGUCCGAUCCAUGGAGGCCCCACCUCACAACUUACAGGACUUAAAUCUGCUGCUAAUGUCUUGGUGCCAGACACCACAGAACACCUUCAGAGGUCUUGUGAAGUCCAUGCCUAGACGGGUCAGAGCUGUUUUGGCGGCACAAGGGGGCACAAUAAUAGGCUUGCGAUUUUAAUGUUAUGGCUGAUCGGUGUGUGUGCGUGUGUGUGUGUGUGUAUAUAUAUAUAUA